GACAUGGCAGAAAAAACCACAUACAGCCAGUUUGCCUGUAUUGGUACUGGAUUCUCUGGUAUCGCUUUGGGUUGUAAUAUUAAGCGGUGGUAUGGAAUCACCGACAUUCGCCUCUUUGAACAGAGCAGCGAUUUGGGAGGCACAUGGUUUGCCAAUCAGUAUCCAGGUUGUGCCUGCGAUGUUCCCAGCUUGCUCUACAGCUUCUCCUUUGCCCCCAACCCCAAGUGGACUAAAAUCCUGCCAUCCCACCAAGAAAUUUGGCAGUAUCUCGAUGAUGUGGCGAGACAAUAUGGCCUCCGCGAGAAGAUGAGCUUCAACUCCCGUGUCGAGAGAUGCGAAUGGAUCGAGCAGUCUGGGCGCUGGCGUAUCACGGUUCGAAACACCACGUCUGACACUGUCCAUGUCCACGAGUGCCAGUUUCUCUUCAGCGGCUCGGGCGUCUUGGUAUAUCCUCGCAAGCCAGAUCUCCCAAACAUUGAGAGCUUCAAAGGCCCCGUGUUCCACGCUGCCAAGUGGCGACACGAUGUUGACCUGACGAACAAGAAUGUCGCCCUCAUCGGCAACGGCUGCUCAGCCGCACAGAUUGUUCCAGCCAUUAAGGACCAGGCAAAGCAUAUAACGCAGUUUAUACGCACCAAACACUGGAUCAUUUCUCCGGUGCAAGUUUCUAACCUAAAGCUAUUCCAGUGGCUGUUUAUUCAUGUACCAGGGUUCCUCAAGCUCUCUCGCUUCCUUUUCAUGAUGAUUACGGAAACCGAGAUGAAAGCCUUCUACAUGACCAAGGCGGCUGCUGCGAUUCGCCGCUCCAACACAGCCGAAGCCGUGCAGUACAUCAAGGAAAAGGCUCCUAAAGAGUACCACGAUAAGCUGAUUCCCGACUUUGAGAUUGGCUGCAAGAGGCGCAUCUACGACCCGAAUUAUCUGACCAGCCUGCACUCGGAGAAUGUCACCCUCCGGGACGAUGCAAUCGAGGAAGUGACGCCAAAGGGGAUUCGCUCCAAGGACGGCCAUACCGACGUCGACAUUAUUGUGUUGGCCACUGGCUAUGAAACAAACAGCUUUUGCACAAACAUCGACAUCAUCGGCCGGCAAGGUGUGACGGCAGAGGAGCAUUGGAAAGCUCUAGGAGGGCCAGGGGCGUACAACACUACGUCUAUCAGUGGCUUCCCAAAUCUGUUUCUCAUAGUUGGGCCAAACAGCGCCACGGGUCACACGUCGACAAUCAUGGCUGUGGAAAACUCCGUAAACUUCGCUCUCCGGCUGAUCAAGCCUGUCCUUCAAGGCAAAGCGAUGGCUGUGGAUGUCAACCCUGAUGCGGAGAAACGGUACAUUGGCCAGAUCCAGACGGACCUCCAACAAACUGUGUGGCUUUCCGGCGGAUGUUCCAACUGGUAUAACAGGGCUCGGGAUGGAUCCAUACAUAAUGGGAUGUUGUAUCCCUACUCGCAACCCUACUUCUGGUACCAAUGUUUGUUCCCAGUAUACAAGGAUUUUAAAUACGAUGUGAGUCUGCACCCUUUACCUUUUGCCCUCUUUGUCACUUCAGUAUGGCCUGCUUUGCCCGGCAGGGAUCCAUAG